AUGAGUUAUGGGUGGGCGUUUAUCUGGCUUCGUGAGGUUAUCAAAAUAUCAUGUAGGCGACAGAUGAAUGUCUUGCACGACAGCAGCAGCCAUGAGCACCAGAAUCAGCACCAGGACCUAGUUUGCCCUCCGCUUAUCGCCCUCGCAUAUGUCACUAAGGCGGUUACCUUGCUCCGAGCGGGCAACCUGUCCGCCUCGCCCAAGGCCGGAGCCCAGCCCCAGCCCCCACCCUAUGUAUGA